CCCCGCGAAUCACUCCUUGUUAUCGAGGUUCUUUUUUUGCUUCCUGCUCAGUUUGACGAUGAGUGAAAUCCACCAGUAUAUCCUGGUAACCAAAAACAACUUGACCUCUGACCAGCGAAAGUUGUAUGACUUGGUUCAAGCAGCUGGUAUUGUGAUGCACCCAACACUUUUCAAGAGCAUCAUGGACCUCCUCAACGAGAAAGUUCCUCCACAUGCUCUCCUCAAUGUACUAAAGGAGCAGAGUGGAAGGAUUCUCAACAGGAGCAAUAUCAGCAACGAUAACUUCCUUCCAGAGGAAUUCAUAAAUGGAAACAUAAGAUAGACAAACUGCUGAUCUUCAGGGAUAAUUUCUGGUUAUUGUGGAUUCUGUUUAUGAUCUUACUAGUUACCAAAAGGUUGAAAAGCUUUAGUUAAUUUAGUUUUUUUUCCUCUGCUGUCUUCUCCUCACUUCACUUCACUUCACUUCACUUCACUUCACUUCUCUUCUCUUCUCUUCUCUUCUCUUCUCUUCUCUUCUCUUCUCUUCUCUUCUCUUCUCUUCUCUUCUCCUCUUCUCUUCUCACUUUUCUCCUCUCCUCCUCUCUCCUCUCCUCUCCACCUCUUUCUUCUUGUCUUAUCUCCUGUACUUUCCUCUGCUCUCCUUGAUUAAUGGUUCAAAUAUUGAAUCUCAGAUAUAUCUUGAUGUACCAUUAAAUAAAAAGAGAAUUGAUAUUUAAACAUUUUCUUACUUAGAUGAAAAAGAGACUUUUGCAUAUAUUUUAAAAGGCAAGUCAGUGUAUUACCAGAGAAAUGUAAAAAAAUUUGUUUUAAGCUCUUGGAGGAAAUGGUAAGAAUUUCUACAACUCUAAUGAGCAUCUUGAUAAGAAUUAACAAUUAGCUUUUGUUAUAUGGUAGUAGGAUAUGUAUAUGUGUGUGUGUGUGUGUGUGUGUGUGUGUGUGUGUGUGUGUGUGUGUGUGUGUGUGUGCGUGCGUGCGUGCAUGCGUGCGUGCGUGCGUGCGUGUGUGCGUGCUGUCUGUAGAACAAUUUUUUAUCAUUCACAAGCAAGUGCCAACUAUAUUAACACAGUAUAUCAGUACAAAAGUAUUGAAAUGUAGAUAAUGUACCAAAUACUAUUUUUGAGAAGUGAGUAUAAUGUUUUU